AUGAGUCAGGCCCUGGAGGCUUCAGGGAAGCUACUGGACCAAUAUCGUAAACUCCUCUGCCUAAGCUGGGCACAGGGCGGCUUCAGAACUUGGCAGGUGCAACUUGCACCCAGAGCCACUGCUCCUGGCUGCUCCCCAAACGCCCCCGUAUCGUCUGACUCUCGGGGCAGUCAAGGGCGAGGGGAGCGGCAAAGCGCGCCUUUUCCCGCCCCACCCACCAGCCCCGAGCUUCGAGAUUGUAUCCAGAAGACCUUGAAUGAGUGGAGUUCCCAAAUCAGCCCAGACCUGGUCAGGGAGUUUCCAGAUGUGCUGGAAUGUACGGUGUCACAUGCCAUAGAAAAGAUAAACCCGGAUGAAAGAGAAGAAAUGAAAGUUUCUGCCAAACUAUUCAUUGUAGGAUCAAACUCUUCAUCAUCAACUAAAAAUGCAAUUGACAUGGCCUGUUCAGUCUUGGGAGUUGCACACCUGGAUUCUGUCAUCAUUGCUUCACCUCCUAUUGAAGAUGGUGUUCAUCUCUCCCUGGAGCAUUUGCAGCCUUACUGGGAGGAAUUAGAAAACUUAGUUCAAAGCAAAAAGAUUGUUGCUAUAGGUACCUCUGAUCUAGACAAAACACAGUUGGAGCAGCUAUACCAGUGGGCACAGGUAAAACCAAAUAGUAACCAAGUUAAUCUUGCCUCUUGCUGUGUGAUGCCACCUGACUUGACUGCAUUUGCGAAACAAUUUGACAUCCAGCUCUUGACUCAUAAUGAUCCAAAAGAACUGCUUUCUGAAGCAAGUUUCCAAGAAGCUCUUGAGGAAAGCAUCCCAGACAUUCAAGCACACGACUGGGUGCCACUGUGGCUGCUGCGCUACUCCGUCAUCGUUAAGAGCCGAGGGAUCAUUAAGUCAAAAGGCUACAUCUUACAAGCUAAACGAAGGGGCUCUUAAUUAGGAUUUACGGUCACAGCCCACUGACUUUGUCUUUUCCUUGCACACAAGAUAAAAUACAGAUGUGUAAAAUCUCAAUGGUGUCUUUAAGGCAGAUAUUCUUUAGUGAUAUUAGACAGUGUGUUGUCUGUCAAGUGCUGAAUACUUUUCUUGCCUUCAUAUUCACUCACAGGAACUAUUAUAUUGUUUUCAUCAAACUAUUGUUUUCUAAUUGAAAUUGUCUAUAAAGAAAAUACUUGCAAUAUAUUUUUCCUUUAUUUUUAUGACUAAUAGAAAUCAAGAACAUUAUUGCUAGACAUAUUUUGGCCUACGUAUCAGGGUAAUUAAAUGUACAUACUUUUUAUUCCCCAAAAAUUGAUUGCUUCUUAGUUGUCUAGCUAAGUGAAUUAAUUACAGUUAAAACUGAAAUACUGGAGGAUAUUUUCCUGUUGAUAACAUAUCUCCGAAGUUACUGAAGUAGCUGGGGUCUACUAGUUGUAUAAAUAAAAGGGGUCUACUAGUUGUAUAAAUAAAAUCCAUUUCUUCAAUACUGGAA